AUGAAAGAAUUCGCGAAGGAAAACGUGACCGCAAGGCCUCGGAGACUAGCCUUGAUUCUUUUUGCUUACUCCCGCGUCUGUCAAUGCCGCAAGUUUGGUUGGCUACGGCAACCAGGACGGUUCUUAAUGCAGCUUGGCCAAAGAAGGAUAGUGAAUCCCGCGUUAACAGUUGUGACGUUAACGUUUAAAUCCGAGCUUCUUGCCAUUUUUCCAAGCUCUCGAUCUCAGUAUUUCAUUAACUAUUUCAUGUCUUCCUUACCUGACAUUCACAGUCCAUCACCGGAGCACUUUUCCUUCUUUCUCACUGAUAAUAUUGGUACUGAUACCGACACCCAUUCAAAUUCCCGAGAGAAAUCAUGUCAGCAGACUGCGAGUGAGAAAACAGUAAAAGUUUUCCAUCCUCCGACAUCUACACGAUGCAGGACCGACCCGACCCCCGGAUGUGCUACUUACCAUUCUCUGGAAUCGAGAUCCCAGAAGCUCCACUUUGCUGCUGCACCUCGAAUCUCCUUCAAGCAAAUUGUUGACACGCAGUUAUUAACCGACUUCUCCACAGACUAUGGAUCCCUAGACUCGUAA